GUUGGAUUACAUUCUGAUGUACUUCCACCAUAUCCGCAACCUUGUGCUGGGCAGCCAGAGGUUGAUGGCUCGGGCGCCAAUCCAGCUGGCUGAGAUCAACCAGAGGAUGCUCUCGCAGUGGUACACAGCAACCCUGGGAGAGAAGAAGAGACUUCUGUUGGCACUGGGACCAGGCGCUGCAGCAGGUGGACUCCAAGGACCAACACCAGCAGCACCGUCAGCACCAGCGCUGCCACCUCCAACUUCACCAGCGGCGGCACCAGUGCUGGUGCACAGGGUAGGUCCACCAGCGGCAGCACCAGUGGUGAUGCACACUGGCCAGGCAGCACCAGGAAGGCGACCCCUUUUGCCACUGUCACCGGCACCACCUAUGUAUGUUGUUCUGGCCGCACCACCAACAGCUGCUGCAGCUGCAGCAGGACCUUCGUCCCGGGCCACAGUGCCUCUCCUGACAUUGACAACCGCAUGCCCCCUUCCUUCUAUGUAA